CACAUUUCACUGGACCUUUCCAUACCACCUAUACAUUCAGGUCCUGGCAAAUAUGAAAAGUAAAAUGAAUGACUUUGGAGAUUCCGAGAUGGUUAAGGGGAUCUCUUUUAAAAAGAGAAGAGAGAGCUUCCCUUCAGAGACCACAUCCAACAGCAUCGUUGGCUAUCCUGAGUUACUGCCAUCUCUAGACUUCCGGGACGAGGAGCCUUCAGCCCAACAUCACAAGUACUAUGCCAGCUGUCAGAAUUUGAUUCCUCUCCGCUUUACGUCUCAGUCUAACCCCAUGGAUGAUGCUGGGUUUUUCUCCUUCACGUCAUUCUCCUGGAUGACACCCUUAAUGUGGAAGAUCUUCAGGAAGAAGCUGGACCCCAGUUCUUUGUCUUUGUCUCCACAAGACAGUGCUCAUGUUAACGGAAAGAGGUUCCAGAGACUUUGGGAAGCAGAGGUUGCCAGAGUGGGAUUUGAGAAGGCAUCCUUAGGACGAGUCAUGAUUCGUUUUCAGAGGACGAGAAUGUUUGUGGCGUUCCUCAUCAGCGUUUUGUUCACAGUAGCAGUUUUUCUUGGACCGUCUGUCCUAGUUUAUGAAAUUUUGCACUUUGUGGAGAUUCAAGACUCCAAUGUACUUCAUGGAGUUGGUCUUUGUUUUGCCCUUUUCACCUCCGAAUUUUGCAAAGCCUUCCUGGUAUCGCUGCUCUGGGCGGUGAACAUGAGGACUGGCAUCCGAGUCAAGAGUGCCUUCUGCACCCUGGCCUUCCAGAAGAUCAUCUCUCUGAAGAUGCUCAGCAACUUCUCAGUGGGGGAAAUAAUUAAUGUGCUCACUAAUGAUGGGUACCGGAUGUUUGAGGCUGUCAUAUUUGGUACAUUUGUUUUCUGCUUGCCACUGCUGCUGAUCAUUUGCGUCGCAUAUGCCUGCCAUAUCCUGGGCUACACAGCCUUAAUUGGUGUCCUCGCAUACGCCAUCUUUAUUCCAGUACAGUUUGCUAUGGGUAGAUUGAUCAACUUCUACAGGAGGAAGACCAUCUCUGUCACGGACACUCGUGUGCGCACUAUGAAUGAGAUCCUUACAUGUGUCAAGCUCAUCAAAAUGUACGCAUGGGAAAGCUCUUUCGAGGAUAAAAUCGCUGAUAUCAGGAAGAAGGAGAAGCUCUUACUGCAGAAAGCUGGCUACAUUCAGAGCCUGAAUAACGCCAUCACGACCAUCAUCCCCACUGUGGCCACCAUCCUUGCCUUCAUUGCACACACAUCCCUGGGGCAGGACCUAAGUUCGACGUCUGCCUUCACCAUCAUCGCCAUUUUCAAUUCCAUGCGCUUCACCCUGGGCCUUCUUCCGUUUGCAGUUAAAUCCAUGGCAGAGUCUAAGGUCUCCUUGGCACGUUUGAAGAAAAUCCUACUUAUGGAAAAUCCGGAAUCCUAUGUGAAGAUGGAAGCAGGGUCUCCUUAUGCCCUGGUGAUGGAGAAAGCAUCUUUCUCAUGGGAAAAGGCCCAGGACUCCCAUGCCAAUGGGGUGAAGGGCAAGAAGGCAAAGGCCCAGGCUCAGAAUGGGACAUGUUCACCAGAGAAGAUCAAACUUGUGCUGAGAAACAUCAACUUUGUGCUACCUAAGGGAGGUCUUCUUGGAAUCUGUGGGAAUGUAGGAUCUGGAAAAACAUCUUUAAUAUCAAGCAUUCUGGAGCAGUUGCACCUCCAUCACGGCUUGGUCUCCGCAAACGGGACGUUUGCCUACGUCGCCCAGCAGGCCUGGAUUUUUCAUGGGACCGUACGAGACAACAUUCUUAUGGGGGAGGAGUUUGACGAGGACAGGUACAGCAAAGUGAUCAGUGCCUGCAGCCUUAAGCCAGACCUGGAAAUCCUCCCUUUCGGGGAUAAAACUGAGAUCGGUGAAAGGGGCCUGAAUCUCUCAGGUGGGCAGAAGCAGAGAGUGAGUCUGGCCAGAGCCGUGUACUCGAACAAGGACAUUCUGCUGCUGGACGACCCUCUCUCCGCUGUGGACUCCCACGUGGGGAAGCACAUCUUCGAGGAGUGCAUCAAGAAGGAGCUGAAGGGGAAGUCAGUCAUCCUGGUGACGCAUCAGUUGCAGUACCUCGAGUUCUGCGAUGAAAUCCUCCUUCUUGACAAUGGGGAGAUUAAAGAAAUUGGAACCCACAAGGAAUUGAUGAAGUUAGAGCGUCAUUAUGCAAAGCUCAUUAAUAACUACAAGCUGGAGCAGUCGAAUAAUGAAAGCAAGGCUGAUUCCGAGCCUAAUGCAGCAGAGUGUAAUGAGAAAAAUGAUGCUGACGGUGUAGCGAAUGGAAUAGAGAAUCCUGCAUUCGACAUGUCAGACGAGUCAGGCAGAACGAACGGGCCAAAAGCCGAAUCCGCGAGUCCUGAUGUUGAAGGUACCAGUGACCAGCUUGUCUCCAAGGAAUCUGCCCAGGAGGGCUCAGUGACAUGGAGGACCUAUCACCAGUACUGCACAGCAGCCGGAGGUUACAUCAUAGUCUUGAUCACCUUCAUCAUUUUCCUACUGCUGGUGGGAACGACGGCUUUCAGCAGCUGGUGGCUCAGUUAUUGGUUGGAACAAGGAUCUGGGGGAAACUCCACAAACUCCACAAACUCCACAAACAAUGAUGACAGCGGGAACAUAUCGGAGAACCCGGACCUCUUCUUCUACCAGCUGGUGUACUGCAUAGUCAUUGUGGCCAUGGUUCUCUUCAGUGUCAUCAAAGGCUACUCCUUCACCAAGGUCACCCUGCGCGCCUCCUCCAAGCUCCACGACAGAAUGUUUAGAAAGAUUCUCCUGAGCCCAAUGAGCUUUUUUGACACCACACCCACGGGCAGGAUGGUCAACCGCUUCUCCAAGGAUCAGGACGAGGUGGACACUGCCCUGCCGUUCCACCUAGAGAGCUUCCUCCAGUUCUGCUUGAUAGUCGUCUUCAUCCUCGGCACCGUCUCUGCUGUCUUUCCCUACCUUCUCAUUGGCAUCGUCGUGUUGGGGCUGGUGUUCAGCGCCAUCCUCUAUGUUUUCCAGAGGAGCAUCCGGGACAUGAAAAGGAUGGAGAACAUUAGCAGGUCCCCUUGGAUCUCACACACAACAUCUACUAUCCAAGGUCUCAGCACCAUCCAUGCCUACAACAAAGGCACACACUACAUUGAAAAGUUCAAGUUGUUGAGUGACAUGAACUCGAACCACUUCAUACUCUUCAACUGUGGGACCCGCUGGCUGUCCUUCAGGCUGGACUUCCUCUCUGCCAUCGUCACCCUCUUAGUGGCACUGUUUGUUGUGCUGAGCCCAGAAACCAUAAGUUCAGCCUUGAAAGGACUGGCUCUGUCCUACACAAUCCAGCUGACAGGAAUGUUGCAGUAUGUUGUGAGGCUAUCAACAGAGGUAGAAGCAAAAUUUACCUCCGUCGAAAGGCUGCAGGAAUAUAUCACGAACUGUGUCCCAGAGGCGCCUAGGAAGAUAGAGGAUGCUAAGAUCCCCAGUGGCUGGCCCCAGAAAGGAGCCAUCACCUUUAGGAGCUACCAAAUGAGAUACAGGGAGAACACCCCCAUAGUGCUGAACAACCUUAAUAUGAGCAUUGCGCCAAAUGAAAAGAUUGGAAUUGUGGGAAGAACAGGCUCUGGGAAGUCCUCGCUCGGAGUGGCCUUGUUCCGUCUCGUGGAGGCAACUGCAGGGACGAUCUUCAUCGACGACGUGGACGUCAGCCUCAUCGGCCUGGAGGACCUGCGCAGCAAGCUGUCUGUUAUACCGCAAGACCCCGUGUUGUUCAUCGGCACCGUGAGAUAUAAUCUGGACCCUUUUGACAAUUACAAGGAUGAGGACAUCUGGAAGGCUUUGGAAAGGACGUAUAUGAAAGAUGCUAUCUCUAAGCUGCCUGGGAAACUGGAGUCAGCUGUGGUGGAGAAUGGUGAGAACUUCUCAGUGGGCGAGAGGCAGCUGCUAUGUAUGGCCCGAGCUCUCCUCAGGAACUCCAAGAUCAUCCUUCUGGAUGAGGCCACGGCCUCCAUUGACUCCGAGACAGACUCCUUGAUCCAGCACACCAUACGGGAAGCCUUCCAUCACUGCACCAUGCUGACCAUCGCCCACCGCAUCAACACUGUACUGGAGUGUGACCGCAUCCUGGUCAUGGACGGUGGAAAGGUUGGAGAGUUUGACAGACCAGAGGUUUUGGUGCAGAGACCGGAUUCUCAGUUUGCAUCCCUCCUAGAUGCAGCAAACAAGGUGAACACCUGAGGUCAAGCCAGCGAUGGAACCGUGAAGAUGCACCAAUCUGGGGAUUGUCACCCACAUGCAGAAAACGCAAACGACACUUGUGGCUGCGUUUGUGAUUACACACAUGUGCUGUAUUCUCACUCGGACACUCGCGCACACACAUACUUGUAGGGCUCAGGGACAUUAGCUGUGAUGGCAGAAGGGCAGACCUGACCAGGAACCACUCUGAGCAUCUGUGGCUGUUUGAGGAGAAAUGUCCAGAAAUAAAUUCUCUAGUGACCUGGGUAGAGUACAAAUACUCCUUUCUGUUGACCUCUCUUGCUUGAAUGAAACACUAAUAACUAUUGCAUAGCAUAACCUAUUUCGAAAGUGAUUAUAUUAUUUGAUUUCCUACAAAAUUAAAACUAAAUGUAACAUGUAUUAUAUCGCAGCAUUUCAAGGCGAAGGUCACGACUCUGACUUUGCAUUCUAAAAUACAGAAUUUGACCUUUUUGUUAAAUCCCCUUAUAUAAUACUGUGUUCCCUGGCUUCCAGAACUGAUCCAUCCAUACGUUCAUCUUCAAACUGCUUCUACCAUGCUUGACGUGAGUCAGUACUCACUGGUACACAGUACUGGCAUCAGGAAUGUUUUUUGUGUACCAAUACAUAAUAACAAGGGAAGAACUGGCACCUGUUUUUUACGCACUUCAGGCACUGCUUCUGCUAUGACGGCAGCAGUUCCAGUUACUGUUGCUGACUCAUGAAGCCUCACCGUAAGGCAGAAAAGCAAAAGAGCGCCCUCUAGUGGCUGAGAUAAGUACCGCCUGUAGCUUGGCUGCAGCGGAGGGCGUAAGCUGGGAGCUUCUGACCGGCAAUAAUAAACCAGCGUCUCCGAUAGGCUGUUCACACUGCUGUCCGUGGAGUGUGAUUGUAUGUAUGUGAGCCCUGUCUCGUGCUCUAUGCUUCCUGGAAUGUAACUCUGACAGUAACAACCCCAUCCCAUAUGGGGGCCCGGUGUCUGUCAUUGCUUUAAUGUUUCCCAGUUACGGAGUAUGUGGUUUGCUCAGCAGUUUACUGGUGUAUGUGAGGUUGUGUUUAUCCAGUGACUGGCUGACGAAGUUCCACCACUUUUUCAAGCCUCAAAACGUCCCUCAAUUAACACAAAGCACAUUAAUAAUUAAGUAACGAAGUUUAUUUAACCCUAUACACAGCAAUGAGCGAUCGUGUGUAUUACGGCAAUUCAAACCGCCAAAGGAUUCAACCCCCCUCCCCCCCAAAAAAAAUUGAGAAAUGACUUUCAGCCAAUAUGUGGUUCACAGUUAAAAACACUUUUAUUUUCUACUGCUUUAAUUGUAUUUUAUUAUACUUGUAUUUAUUUUAUAUUUCCAUUUUUUAACAUUUUACUUUGUCUUGCAUCCUUGUUAUGUCUUUUUUUCCACAUUUUCUGCACUUCGAAUUAUUUCAUGUAUGAAAAAUGUGCUUAAUAAAUAAAGUUGUGUUCCUCCAACCCUGA